CACAUUGUGUUUGUUAGUGAAUCAUGAGGCAUUAUUUUGCAAAACAUGUUUAGUUUGUUUGUGGAGUUAUGGCAGGAAAUUAGCUCCAUAGUAUUGGCUUUGCACACAGGCUGGUUGAUUGACGUUAUGUAAGCUUCUUUUGGCACGUGCUCGAAUUUCCCAAUGAAAAAGUGAAACGCAACAGCAGUUGGUGGAAACGCCCACAACCGAAAACAGACUUAUCCCUCCCUUCUUUUGAAAAGAACGUCCAAUCCUCUUUUCCGGAUCUGCUCCUGAGUGUACGUUAUACAAGCAACUCUUUAAAAGGGUCUCCUAAUACAUCCCAUGUUAUAUCACAUUUCCUCACUGUGGGGACGGUGUCUUAAUGUGCCAGGCUCAUCUGCAGAUAUCAAUUCGGCAGUUUAAAUACUUUGCAAAAAGACUCAAUCAUACAUCUUUUUUGUGUGCACGGAGUAUCCAAAUAAUGGCAAUGCUGAAUCAUUUAACGACAGCAUGCUGGAAGAAAGUUCAGAACGACCGGCUAAAGAAGCAGCUCUUCUUCAUUUUCCGCGCCUUGCAUAAGUCUGCAGCCAGCGAUGCUUUUGGGAUCUCCGCGGCUGGGGAAGGAGCCAUGCCGGAAAGUGUUAUCUCAUCGGCGGCUGUCAGCGAGAAGCCCAGAAUCCUGAGCCUGGAGGAGAUGCCUGGACCCAGCACCCUCUCCAACCUGGUAGAGUUCUUCUGGAGAGACGGGUUCAGCAGAAUUCACGAAAUACAGAUGGAGCACAGUAAGAAGUUUGGAAAAAUAUUUAAGUCCCGUUUUGGGCCGCAACUGGUGGUCUCGGUGGCGCACCGUGACCUGGUGGCUGAAGUGCUGAGGGCUGAGGGCGUGGCCCCUCAGAGAGCGAACAUGGAGUCCUGGAAGGAGUACAGAGACAUGAGAGGCCGUUCCACUGGCCUCAUUUCAGCGGAGGGAGAAGACUGGCUGAAGAUGCGGAGCGUGCUCAGGCAGCUCGUCAUGCGGCCCCGUGACGUAGCAUUGUUCUCUGACGAUGUAAACGAAGUGGUCGAUGACCUUAUCAAUAGAGUUCGUAUUUUGCGCACCCAGGAGUCUGACGGAGCAACUGUCCUUAAUGUCAAUGACCUGUUCUUCAAAUAUGCCAUGGAAGGUGUGGCAGUCAUAUUGUACGAGUCCCGACUGGGCUGUUUGGAAAAUGAAAUUCCCCAGGAAACCCAAGACUACAUCGGAGCGCUGCACCUCAUGUUCAGCUCCUUCAAGACGACCAUGUAUGCAGGGGCGAUCCCCAAGUGGCUGCGACCUGUCUUCCCCAAACCCUGGGACGAGUUCUGUUGCUCCUGGGAUGGCCUCUUCAAAUUCAGUCAGAUUCACGUCGAUAAGAGACUUUCGGAGAUUAAGGCCAAAGUGGAGCGGGGAGAGGAGGUGAAGGGGGGGAUGCUCACACACAUGCUCGUUACCAGGGAAAUGAACUUGGAGGAGAUCUACGCCAAUUUAACGGAGAUGCUGCUGGCUGGGGUCGACACGACAUCCUUCACCCUUUCAUGGGCCAGCUACCUUUUAGCGCGGCACCCACAUAUACAGCAGCAAAUCUACACCGAAGUGACCAAAACUCUUGGACCGGGAGCAGUGGCCACAGCAGACGAUGUCUCUCGCCUGCCUCUUAUCAGAGGGCUGGUCAAAGAGACACUCAGGCUUUUUCCAGUUCUCCCUGGCAACGGACGGAUUACCCAGGAUGAUUUGGUGGUGGGCGGAUACUUCAUCCCCAAAGGGACUCAGCUGGCCCUUUGUCACUACUCCACGUCUUUCGAUGAAGAGAACUUCCACGAUUCUCUAAACUUCCAGCCGUCUCGCUGGAUACGGAAAGAUUCCACAGAUCGAGUGGACAACUUUGGCUCAAUUCCCUUUGGCUACGGCAUCAGGAGCUGCAUCGGCAAGAGAAUAGCUGAGUUAGAGAUGCAUCUGGCUCUCACAAGGCUCAUUCAAAAGUUCCACAUCUGCGUUUCUCCUCUCACUUCUGAAGUCAAGUCCAAAACCCAUGGCCUGCUCUGCCCUGCCGACCCCAUCAACCUGCAGUUCAUUGACAGAGAAAACUAGUCUCACACUCCACAUGCUCCAAUAAAACGUUGGAAAACAAUAAAGAUCUAAAUAUUAUUAUAAACAUUGUGUUUGUCGUGUUUGUCCAAUUGCAAUGUAUAAGUCCACAAUACUCACAUAAAGUGACAGUGUGGGCAAUGUAAGCGGAUGACAUACAGGAAGCCAGUGUAAAGACUUCAGAACUGGAGUGAUGUGAUCCACUUUCUUAGUGUUAGUGAGGACUCGAGCAGCAGUGUUCUGAAUUAGGUGGUGAAGUCCAUAUGGGCUUGGCUUGGCAACUGGAAGGUCACCAGUUCAAGUCCCGGCAAGAUUAAGCGCUACCGUGGUGUGCAAGGCACUGUUCCCUACACUGCUCCCCAGGCGCCGUUCAUAAUGGCAGCCCACUGCUCCUAACACUAGGAUGGGUCAAAUGCAGAGAAACCAUUUUGUUACGUAGUACCUGUACUGUGUAAUGACAAUAAAAGUGCAACAAGAAGGUGAGCGGAUGGUUUCUGCAUGUGUGGUUCCCACCGUGAAGCAUGGAGGAGGAAGUGUGAUGGUGUGGGGGGGAUUUUCUGUUGUCACUGUUGGUGAUGUAUUCAGAAUUCAAGGCACACUUAACCAGCAUGAAUACCUCAACAUCCUGCCAGCAAAAUAUAAAUCAUAUUCUGGAUUCUUUAACAAUUGUUUUGUUUACUAAAUAAUUCCAUAUGUGUUCUUUUAUAGUUUUGAUGUCUUCAGUAUACAUCUACAAUGUAGAACAAAUUAAAAUGAAUACAAAACUUUGAAUGUGUGUCCAAACUUUUGAAUGGUAGUGUAUGUACCCAGAACACACAUUGACGUAGGCCUAUAGGCGAACUGGUACUCAAGACCACACUGGAUCAUUUCAGGACUUGAGCAGGCAGCUUUCCAGAAUUCUCCCUCGAGGGAAUUCUCCUUGCGCUUUGGACUUUUUGAUCCUGCCGACAACUUCGGACACAAUGCAAAUCAAUGUGCUCUACAGUGGCAUAUAAAAAUGUUAUUUACAUAGAAUACAUUGAAAAUAAAUGAUCUAAUUUAUUGGAAAGCUGUAGUAAGCAAUUUUAUUUCGCAUUGUUCAUCCUAACACUCAGUCCUGCACAACCCUCCGAAUUCUGCACAUUGUUACUGCACAUAUUUCAUUUUAUUAUAUAUAUUUUUAUCAUUGUUUUAUUUUUAUGUAUAUUUGUUUAUUUAUGCACCAGAAACACCAAGAUAAAUUCCUCUUUCAAUUCUACUCGCACAAUUAAAAAAAAAAAAUUGUUAUUAUUUUAUGUGGUAUAUAACAUGUUGCAUUGUUGGAGGAGCUCGGGACUCAAGAUUUCCUUUGCCAUUUCUACACUGUAGUUAGUGUGCAUAUGACAUUAAAGCCUUUGAAUCUUGAAACUUUGAUUUGAAUCUCUUAUGUGUUAAA